GGCCAUCACGGUCUAUUUGUCCAACUUCGCUUUGCUCCUCCGUUCCGUUCGCUACUUCUCUUGCCGAAUAUAAAAGCCCUAGCGGCUACGCUCAUCAGUUGGAAACUGAAAAAAAAAAAAAUGGAGUUUUCUCAAGCCGACUUCGAUCGCCGAAUAGUCGCCGAACACACUUGGAAAACCUCUGAACUUAACUACGCCAAGGACCCUCUUGAUGCCGAGAAUUUAACCAAAUGGGGAGGAGCAUUACUCGAAUUACCUCAAUUUCAGACUAUUUCAGAUGCAAAGAAGAUGAUAGACGAUGCAAUUUCGAAAUUGGAUGAGGCUUUGAUGAUAAAUCCCUCAAGGCACGAAACUUUAUGGUGCAUGGGAAAUGCACUCUCCACCACCGCUUUUAUGACUUCCGAUCUUGAUGAGGCAAAGGUUUCUUUUGAUAACGCUGCUCAGUUUUUCCAAAGAGCAGUAGAUGGGCAUCCUGGCAAUGAGCUAUAUCAAAAGUCUUUAGAAGUUGCAGUAAAGGUGAACUUGCCUUUUCUUGUUGUACUUAGAGAAUUUUCACUUGCGUCUCCAGAGCUGUAUAUGAAGUUCCAAAAAGCUGCUGUUAGUCAACAAACUAUGGGUGGGGCACCUUCUGCUUAUUCAAUUACAAAUCUUGCUUAUUCAUCCAAUUGCUUUCUUGUUUGUUUGUUUUCUCAAGCUCCAGAGCUGCAUAUGGAGUUCCAAAAGGUUGCUGUUAGUCAACAAACUAUGGGUGGGGCACUUUCUGCUUCUUCAAUUGCAAAUGCUGCCAAGAAGAGCAGUGGUUUAAAGUAUGAUAUAUUUGGAUGGAUAAUCCUUUCUGUUGGCAUUGUUGCAUGGGCGGGAAUAGCAAAAUCCCACGUUCCUCCACCUCCUCCAAGAUAAACUCCUUGCUUCACUAAUCCUC